UUAGGGGGAUCAAAAGCUGCACUCAUACCUAAGCAAGUCCAUGUUGCUACUGUUUUGAGGAUUGAGUAGAACUCUGGUCACCUCCUCCUGUUGUCUGCGCCGUGAACUCAGGAAAGAAACGAGGUUGGAAAAAGAACUUCACAUGCUCUCUCUCUCUCUCUCUCUCUCCUCUUGUUCAGGACAUGGAUGUCUGGUCUGGUCUGGAGUAUUACUGUAGGAAGAGUGGGCAGAUACCAGCAUUUGGUGACUGGGACCAUGCAAAUGAACUACCCAUAACUCAGUACUUUGAGUGUGCAAGGCAAGCUGGCUUGCUUCGAUUCAGCUCUUCUUCCGGAGAGUCUGACCGCGCCCGCAAGAGCGGCGAUUUGUAUGCGGUCGCUGCUGCUGAUGAUGAGCACAAGUUCUCUCGCUCCGUGGCUCCUCAUAAAAAGGCGAGAACGAGAGAGAAGCGAAACGGGCAACUGAAGGAGCAGAGAAAGACUGGGAGAGUCAUUUGCGAGAUGAAGGAACCUCCGAGGAAGCAACACCUCACGUCACGGUCACAACAUAAUGCCCAUCACCAUCAUCAUCAUGAUCGUCUUGAGUUGCCCACGAAGUCGAAGCCUUCAAAACCGAAAGCUGUUGAUGAAGAUCUCUACAAGAUCCCUCCUCAUCUUCUUCACACCACCAAGAGGAAAAAGGUGCUGGGAUUUUUCUCAAGGUGUCUGGUCCCAGCUUGUACCGCCUAGAGGUUGACAAUAGAUGACUCACAAGAUUCUCUGUCAAAAAGACUCGCCAUGCAUUGUUUAGAUUGGCAGCUCUAGCUGCAUUUGAGGCUGAAACUUGGGGCCGAUUUCAUUCAGCCGUAAACGAAAACGCGAGUUUUGUAUGAUUUGAGAUAGCUAGUCAAGACACGGUAAUAUCGAUGUAGACUUCUCUGUUUGGAUCUUAAAAAGUGCUCGUCUUGUCCAUCUCUUCCUUUCUUUCAUGGGAUAAAAGGAGUAUUUUUGCCCAGGGUGUUCAUGACUUUUUGUUUCUUCCUUUUCAUUUCUGAGGAUGUAACUAGAGUGCAUAGGUAUAAGCUUUCAUUCUCAGAAGGGUUGGUUUGGUUGACUGAAUUGAAAGGAUAAAAGGUAUAAG